AUGUCCAAGUCGUCAAAAUUACCAAAUGAAAAACGAGAAUCUAGUAGGAUCAAAGAUGCGGAUGGAAGAAGAGUAUUAGACGAUUCAAGUCGUCGGAGACGUCUUUCACGCUACCUAGAGUAUUUAGAGAAAGAUAACCAUAAUGACGAUCCACAAGCAAACCUCAAUAUACCUAGUAAAAGGUAUCUCCCCUUUCAUGAUCUCGAAGCAACAAGCGUUUCUUCCAAGAAAAAGAAAAAAGCAAAGGGCCAUGAUAAUGUACAAAAGAGGCUGAGAAAGAAUUUCGCUGCUUUACUGGAAGAAAACAUUCAACAAAAUGGAGACAGUGACGAACCCAACUAUGUUACUGCAACAGCACCGCCUCCAAAAUAUCCCACUAGAAAAUUCUGUCAUGUUUGUGGGUUUCCUUCUAAUUACAUUUGCGUAACAUGUGGUGCUAAGUACUGUAGCAUUAAAUGUCUACGCAUUCACCAAGACACUCGUUGUCUCAAAUGGACAGUUUAA